AUGACCAGCAACGCGCGGGCUGAGGCUAUCCAGCAGGAAUGGAGGAGCCGGGGCAAACCGCACAACAUCAUCUGCUCGCACUGCAGACAGCCCGGCCAGCUCCUGCCCUGCGCGACCUGCUGCCGCGCCCAUCACGUGGCCUGCCUGCCCGCGCCGCCGCCUGUAGACGCUGUUGCCACAGGCUCGUGGUCCUGCCCAGCCUGUCUGUCACGUGUCGGGGUGAGCCCUCUCUCGCCAUCUCCCAGGCCAGGCUCGCCGAGAAACUGCCAGCGCGCAAGGCAGUUCCUCAGCGAGCAUGGCCUUGCUGCAGACUUCUCCGAGAACGGCCUGCUGCAGCUCGAGCAGCUGAUCAAUAGGGCCGACCAGUCCAGAGAACUAGACCAGUUGCGUAGCGAGAAUGCGCUGCUCAAGGCCGAAAUCCAACGCCUGAGAGAAAAUCCCAGGCAGCAUUUGCUUUACGACAGCCCGCUAUACGAUCGGCGACACAGCCCGUCCGUUCCGCAGGGUCAGGGCUCUGACUUGGACGUUGCGGAGAAAUCGUGGGAUCGCAUCAUCAGCGAGGCGUUUUGA